AUGGCGAACUCGAACACUUUUUCCGGAUAUUCUUGGGAUUUUUCAGGCCGGGAAGCACACAAGCAGCCUGAAGCGAUUGACCAUACUUUCGGGAUGGGAAGAGGUCAGCCGAAGCGAAUUCAUGAAUCUGGUGACGGUGAUCUCGCCACUCACGGAUUGGCAUCUCUUUCCCAAUCUUCUGAUGUCGACCACUUCUUGCACGAGGACGCUUAUCCACAGGGCCAAGUGGACUGCAGGUUGCACAAGGAGGACCGAUUCGAUUCCGUACAGGAUUACAACAGCUUUUCUCCGUCGCCAAUUCCUGUCACGCCAUCCAAUCAGCAUCCUGAGACUGUGGCCACCCCUCAGUACUCCCACUCAAAUUCAAUCGUGGCGGUAUCGAACAUUCCGCCCAAUGCUCCGCCAGUUUCACGUCCAUCAGUUUUUUCCCAGUCAUGCCAUCCAUGUCGUUCUCUGUCCUCGUCGUCAGGCGAUUUCAUUUACAGCACGGCUGACCCAGAUGAGGGUCAUCUCGAAAGAUGCUAUCAUCGACUACCUACAGCGCUAUACGAUACGAGGUCCCAUGAAUAUGGGAUACAAUUACCAGGUUCUUAUACGACUUUGGCGGACGGUCGUCUCAUUACGUUAACAACACCUGCCGACAACGCUGCCGUCCAACGUGCCUUCGUGGCCCCACCUGCUGUGGUGGAGGCAGCAAUAUCUCGAAGGACUCCUGGCCGACCAACGCCUCAUGUGUGUCGUUUCUGCGAUGCCAGAUUCACCGCCGGGCAUAAUCUGAAGAAUCAUAUCCACUCACAUCUGGGCGUUCGUCCCUAUCCCUGCAAAGGAUGCCAGCGCGGGUUUGUUACAAAGCAUGACCGCCGACGACACGAAAAGACCUGUAGAGAUAUCCCCCACCAUUCAUCCCCUUUUUCAUAA